AUGCGAGAUAUUGCCAUCAUCGGGCAGCUCCGCAAAGCCGUUCCCGUUCCAGGGUAUAGUGGCUCGGGCAAAGUGCCCGAUACAAGUACAGUGCAGGUGAUAGUACAAGACCAGAUAGGCGUGAGCCGUGACCCCUCUUCAGCACCGAAGAAGCGUCCCCAUGUCCAACACAAUGACUGCAUCAAAGAAAUUCGUAGCCUCGUCGGGCAUACACAAAGCCCUGAAUGGUAUCAGAAGGUUUUUGGGUCCAACAUUACCCCUAACAGGCGGGCCUGA